CCGACCAAUCGGAGAGCGGGGACGGUUUCAAGGCGCCCGAGGAGUGCGGUCCGUGGAAAAACAAAACCCCGCAUAACAUCAAAACCCGCAUUUUACAGCCAACUACCGCCCGGAAUCCGUUUUUCUGUGUUGGAUUUUACGUUUCGCAGCGACAGACGCGGGUUUUCGCCGCUCUUUGGGGCCGCGCGGGCGGUGUUGUUUAUCUGUAGUAAGGGGGGGCUUGAAACCGACCUCCCUUGCCCCAUUUCCUCAGUUGUUUUCCUUCUCUCGCCUGGAUUCUCCAUGUUGUUGGUGCAAAAGUGACGGCGGAGGGGGGCUGCUCGGCGGCUAUCACCACCAAAUAGUAGCGGUACACCCGAGGAGACGGAGCGGGCAGAGAGCCGGAUAACCUCCGGGAAACAUAUCCAAGUGCCUCGCCCCCCUCGCCUCCUCCUUCCUUCUUCCUCAGCCGACUGAAGAACAAGAAGCAUCGGCGUGGAGAAGAAAGAAACCAGGCAGGGACGAGAUAAAUCCGGACCGUAACUGAGGCGGGUCACACGGACGGUAACCUCGGUGAAUACAGCCGCUAGAGUCGCCUUAUCAAAACAAAAACCAAAAACCCCAAUGAGGGACGCCCAUCGCCAGUGCUCGGGGACAGGAUUUGAGGAUUUUGAGGGCUCCGUGAUUGUCAGAUGGAAAGUUCUGUUAUCACCCAAGUGCAGAAAGAAGACGUCCAAGUGUCACCGAAAGCAGGCCAGGUGAGCCGCUCUGCCCUGAAACAGCCUCGGAGUUGUAACAUCUUCAAAGCCCUCUUCUGUUGCCUCAAAGUCCAGGAUGGCCCCAAACCACCUCAGCCGCCACUGCCGCCGCCUUCCCAGCAUGCCCUGCUGGAGUCACAGGAAAAUGGGACGGUUUUCAAGCCAUCAGAAGUUAGCCUCCUGCCUGAGCUGAAGGCCGAGGACCAGGGGAAGGUCUGCGUGGUCAUAGACCUCGAUGAGACCCUGGUGCACAGCUCCUUCAAGCCCAUUAGCAAUGCAGACUUCAUCGUGCCGGUGGAGAUAGAGGGGACCACACACCAGGUGUAUGUCCUGAAGAGGCCGUACGUGGAUGAGUUCCUGCGGAGAAUGGGAGAAAUGUUUGAAUGUGUGCUGUUUACAGCCAGUCUUGCUAAGUAUGCGGACCCAGUGACGGACCUGCUGGAUCAGGGCGGCGUCUUUCGGACUCGGCUGUUCCGCGAAUCCUGCGUGUUCCACCAGGGCUGCUACGUGAAAGACCUGAGCCGCCUGGGGAGGGACCUGAACAGGACCCUCAUCCUGGAUAAUUCCCCUGCCUCGUACAUCUUCCACCCUAAUAAUGCUAUUCCCGUGGUGUCAUGGUUUGAUGAUGCGGACGACGCCGAGCUGCUCAACCUGCUGCCCGUGUUCGAGGAGCUCAGUAAGGCCGACAACGUCUACACCCGGCUGGACCAGCUCCGGGAACAGUAGUUCUGCUCCUCAUUAGUCUGCAUUCACCGAGAAAGAGACGCCGCCGUGUUUCACCUUCCCACUCACGUGCAGCUGAUUUGGCGAUCUUGCCCAAACCUGGCGAUCAUGACAACCACUUCCUUUUUUUUUUUAAUUUUUAUUAUUUUUAAUAAAAGCACUACAAGAAAAGACUGGGAAUUAACCAAAGCCAUCCCAUUACAAUCACUCCAGCUGGUUUAAAUAUGAAAGUGGAUCUUUUGCCAAAGCAGACGUCUGCCUGCCCUCACUGGACUUUUGGAUAUGGUUUGCUUUAUUGUGCCUUUUAAGGGACAAGAGUGAAAAAAAAGUUUUUUAAUUCCACCAGAUUUUUAUACAUUUAUAGAUUCCUUUUUUAUAUAAGGAAAUCUAUUUUUAAAUGGUGAACAUUGUUUCUCUAUGCAACCCAGUUUGGUAAUAACAUGGUGAACCUCCUGCGGUCGACAGAUGUGCAGUUCUGUGAAAACGUCUUGGCCCCCUUUACAGAUUUCUGCUGCUUUUCUUCUUAAAAGUUUCAGAUCAUCAAAAAAACAUUUAUUAUUAGACAAAACUAUUUUUAUAUAAUAAUUAUUGAGGGAAAAAAGCUCUCCAAAUUCCUGUUGUCCAACAUUUAUGAAAUUAUCUCUGAUUAAUUAUGAUUUUAGGGUUCAAUUUAACUAUUAAUACUUUUUAGAAUUGAAGAAUUUAAAUAGUAUUUGUCUAAUGACACAAAGUAGGUAAAAAAAAAAAAACACACACAUUUUGCCCUGACCUGAACAUAAACAAUCUGGAUCGUGAAGCCAAAUGUUGCCUGGGCCAACUGUAAAAACAAUCACUGCCAGUUAUUAAAAACGCUUCAUUUAAACGUAAUGAGUUUCCCUUCUCUCAUCACUGCACACCCGCUUUGUGAGACGAAGACAUAUCUGGUGUCCAUGGCAGCGUCAGACUCUUGGCCAGAAGCUGAUAAAAAGCACUUGAGUUUAAUCCCAGGACAAAUGUCAGUGAUCAGGAACCUUCGUCAAAAAGACAUUGUAUGGAGUUCUGGUAGUGUCAAAAAAGCCUACGUUUUUGUGAUUUUUCAGUAAAAUGUGCCUAAAUUUCUUGUAAUUUUUGCUUCUUUUUUUUUUUACACAGGAUUUCCAUAAAAUAUCCUUCAAGUGGAGUCAAAUAUUACGAUUUCUUAUUGUUUUACUAAAAUUUGGGGCGGAAAAAAGAUAAACAAUUUUAGACACGUAAAACCUCCCAGUUUUGUAGCUAUUAUUCCACUAAAACUUUCUGUAAAUUUGCUUCAGUCUACCUGAGCUGCAUCAAUCUUUGCACAGGUAGAGAGCUAUGAUUUCUAGAAAUCUGUAGCCUUGUUUAUGUUUUUUAAAAGGUUUCUAUUCUAUAUAAUGUAAAAGAUAAAAAAUGAUUUAAUGUUCCGGCCUUCUGAAGCUGUAACAGCUGCUGUGAUGCUUACACCUCUGGUGGAGUCUCCCAAGUGUUGGCUUCUUUUGGAUGUUGAUUAUUGAACGAUUAUUCCAGUUGUCUCAGCAGAGGAUGAAGAUCUGAGAUGAAGAAGCAAAAACUGGAGAAGUCUUUAAGGGGCGAAUACUUUUUAUGGAACUGUAAAUGUUGCUGAAUGCUUAUUUACAUCAAAUCAAAGUGGAUUCUACUCAUUUGUGCUGUAAACAAACUUUUUUUCCCCAAACAUGCAAUAAAAAAAUCAAAUUGAUAAAGUUGGGUAAACGGGCGAAGAUCUUUGGUCCGAUGUAAACAGUCACACUGGAUAAGCUGGCACAUAGGAUGAGCGUAAACGUUAAGAGUUUUCAGACAAUACUUCGUUUGUUACUGUGUUUUUCUUUCUUUCCAAACGACAAACAGCUUGCACUUGUUUUAUAUCGACAGUGCUGAAAGUAAAAACUGUGCCUUUUGGAAACGGAGGGACAGAGAGAAACGCCUGAACAGAGAUUUUGGAGGCCUGCACAAUCCCUGGUGUCAUGCUGAGCGUGAGAAAAAACACUGUCAGGAGCAAACAGGUGGGGACGCCAGCAGCUCUGGUACUUAUAGUGCAACACUUGAAGCUAUCAAAUUUGAUAUUUUGAAAUUGCUAAGUGUUUUUUUUUCUAAAUAUAUUUAUUGGCCAAAAUAAACUUGUAAUUGUCCAGGACUUCUUAAUGCGCAACAUUUUAUAUUGUGAUCCAUUUUGCCUGUACUGAGGCUGGCCUUGUGUUUUACUGUUUAUCUGUGCCUAUAUAACACCUUUUGCUGAUGGAUUGAUCUUCAGCCUGUUCAGAUAUAAUUUACAGAACAAGCGUGAAUCUGUGCUUUUAUCAUGUUUUCUAUUCAUGUGGUAUUGUAAGAGGUUUUCUUUGGUAGGAUGGUUUUUACGAUGUUUGUCUGAUGCGAUUCUUGCCUGCAUGUUGGUGAGUCAAAUAUGAAAAUGAAAAUGUUUGUUGUGAUGACCAAAAGUAUUUGAAGAAGUCUCAAUUCUUUUGUGUGUUGCAAAAAUACAAAUAAAAGAAACUUUUUAUACCUGAUCUGACCAAAUCUAAAAAAAAAAAAAAAGGUGCUACCAACUUUGAUUUUAAAAUAAAAUUUGGUUAUAUUUUA